AUGAAUGACAUUGCACAGAAAACCGAGAUUCUGCUUUCUUCAUCUAAACCUGUCCACAAAUCCUAUGUGCCCAAGCUUCACAAGGGUGAUGUAAAGGAUAAAUUUGAAGCUAUGCAGAAAGCAAGGGAAGAAAGAAAUCAAAGGAGAUCUAGAGAUGAAAAGCAAAGAAGAAAAGAACAAUAUGUUAGAGAGAGAGAAUGGAACAGGAGAAAGCAGGAGAUGAAAGAACUGCUUGGAUCUGAUGAAGAUGAUGAUGCAAAAUCAUCUAAAAUAGAAAAAGGUUAUGUUCCAAAGCUCAUAGGAACUGUUAAAGGCAAGUUUGCAGAAAUGGAGAAGCAAAGGCAAGAAGAAGAAAGAAAAAGAACGGAAGAAGAAAGAAAACGCAGAAUUGAACAAGAUAUGAUUGAGAAAAGAAAAAUUCAAAGAGAAUUAGCAAAAAAAGCACAGGAGAUUGAUGACUUUAACAAUACGGGAACUGAAUCAGCAGCAGAGGAAGGGGAUGAUUCGCUGCUAGUUACAGUAGUGCCUGUAAAACCCACCAAAACACCUGGGAAGAUGAAAACAAACUUUGAGAACACAGGAAAGGAGAGAGCAGAACAAAGAGAGAGACAGAAUGAAGAAAUGAAGCUAAAAUAUGAGGAACAAAACCAAUUCCUUAAGGAAACCAAGUGCCUUUCAUUUGUCAUGGGUAAAAAUGAAGACAGUGAAACACAGGAGCCUCUGUCUCCUGGUAAGCUGAAAGUAACAUUUGAAGAGCUUGAAAGACAAAGACAGGAAAAUCAGAGGCGGCAAGCAGAGGAAGAAGCAAGACAGCGUUUAGAAGAGGAAAAACGUGCCUUUGAAGAAGCUAGACAGCAAAUGAUAAAUGAAGGUGGUGAUGAAGAAUAUGAAAAUUCUGUUAAAGAAUUCCGUCCUGGUAAACUCAGACUCAGUUUUGAGGAGAUAGAAAGACAGAGGAGAGAAGAGGAAAAGAGGAAAGCAGAAGAAGAUGCAAGACGACGCAUAGAAGAGGAGAAAAGAGCAUUUGCUGAAGCACGGAAGAACAUGGUGCUGGAUGAUGAAUCACCAGAAAUGUUUAAAACAUUUUCUCAAGAAUCUCUCAUACCUGGUAAACUGGAAAUUAAUUUUGAGGAGUUGCUGAGACAAAAAAUGGAAGAAGAAAAGAGACGCACGGAAGAAGAGCGUAGGCAAAAGUUGGAAAUGGAAAAGCAAGAAUUUCAACAGUUGAGACAAGAAAUGGGAGAGCUGGAAGAAGAAUCUGAAACUUUUGAGCUAAGCAAAGAAUAUGAAGAAUUAAUAAAGUUAAAAAGAAGUGGUUCUAUUCAGGCAAAGAAUUUAAAAAGCAAGUUUGAAAAGAUAGGACAGUUGUCUCAAGAAGAGAUACAGAAGAAGAUUGAAGAAGAGCGAGCCAAGAGAAGAGCAAUGGAUGAAGAAAUAAGAGAAAGGGAAGCUGAAAAAUUUCAAGAGGAUGAUGAGGUAGAUGUGAGACCAGCCAAGAAAUCUGAGGCUCCGUUUACUCAUAAAGUGAACAUGAAGGCCCGUUUUGAACAAAUGGCAAGAGCCAGGGAAGAAGAGGAGCAGAGGAGAAUUGAAGAACAGAAAUUACUACGCAUGCAGUUUGAACAAAAAGAAAUUGAUGCGGCAUUACAGAAGAAAAGAGAAGAGGAAGAAGAGGAGGAGGGAAGUGUUAUUAAUGGUUCUACUUGCGAAGACGAGGAGGAUCAAGCUCGAUCUGGAGCUCCCUGGUUCAAGAAGUCACUGAAAAACACAUCAGUUGUUGAUGGCGAGCCAGUGAGAUUUACAGUUAAAAUUACUGGAGAACCAAAACCUGAAGUUACAUGGUGGUUUGAGGGGGAAAUGUUGCAGGACUCUGAGGACUAUCAGUAUAUUGAAAGAGGAGAAACCUAUUGCCUUUACUUGCCAGAAACCUUCCCAGAAGAUGAAGGGGAAUAUAUGUGUAAAGCAGUCAACAACAGAGGCACAUCUGCUAGCACCUGUAUUCUCACCAUUGAAAGUAAGAGUUAGCAUUUUAAUUUGCUUCAUUAUCAAAUAUUCUUCUUGCAUCUUUCCUAUUAUAAAAAUUUAAUUAUCUCUUUCUCUUAACUCUUAUUUUCUAGCUGAUGACUACUAAAUGCUCUACUUUAGCUGGAAUCUUUCUUCCCCUCAAAACUUUCUUAUUGCAUCAUCUCUUUCUCUGAUGGGGCCAACUAAAGAAAGCGAGAAUAUGCAUUGAUUGUCAUUCCUGCAUCAGAUGAGAAUAACCUUCAAACUGUGAGAGUGUCCAGGUUCCUUGCUCAGUACAAAAAUUAGUACCAAAGGCUAAAAAGAAGGAAUCAAUGUAUGAAAGAUCAGCUAAAGGAAAAAGCUGAAUUAUAAAAGUGCUCUCACAUUUGAAGACCAACUGUUGUGUAAUAGUAUAAAGCUAAAUACGCAAUCUGGAAACUUGUGUAGUAGUGUACAUCUAUUGGUAUAUUUUGCAUGAACACUGAAUAUUUAAGCUGUUUUACUUUAUCCCAGAGGCAUUGAACUGGCAAAAGGAAAUAGUUAUUGAUGAUUUUCAAAAACCCCAGUGUACUAUUUUUAAAGAAUAAAAGAUGAC